AUGGCUGUAUCAAACAAAGGACUCAUUCUCAAGGAAUAUCCUAAAGGAUUACCUAAUGCCGAUAAGCAUUUUGAAUUAGUUCCUCGUACUAUUGACAUUAAAAAUUUGAACUUGGGAGAGAAUGAAAUUGUUGUAAGAAAUAUAUAUUUAUCUUUAGACCCUUAUGUUCGUUUUACUUUAAGAGAACCUGAACCAGAAUAUGUAUCAGUCGACACGCUACUUGAAAAGAGGGUAUCAAUUGGACAAGUUAUUAUUGGCGUUGGAGUUUCUGAAGUUGUAAAAACAAAUAAUCCUAAUUUCAAAGUUGGAGAUCUCGUCUAUGGACCUGUUGGUUGGGAAGAAUAUUCUCAUAUUAAAUCUGAUUUUGCAGCAAUUUUUUCACCCAUAAAUAAAGAAUCAUUAAAAGAUAUUCCGUUGAGUUAUUACGCCAGUCUUCUUAGAAUGGGUGGUUUAACUCCUUAUGCAUCCCUGAAUGACGAUGCAUUUUGUUUGGACAAAAAAUUUUGGAAAGCAUUUGAGAGUUAA